CGCGUCUUCUCGACAUGUCCCUUCUCAUCUCCAUCUCCAGCUGCAACUCCUCAGCCUGCUGCCGAACCUUCCACCAAUCUCUUCGUUUCAGGGCUAAGCAAACGUACCACAUCAGAGGGUCUUAGAGAAGCCUUUUCGAAAUUUGGCCAAGUUGUCCAUGCUAGAGUUGUAACAGACAGGGUUUCAGGAUAUUCUAAAGGUUUCAGUUUUGUAAGAUAUGACACCCUAGAAGACGCGGCCGAGGGUAUAAAGGGCAUGGAUGGAAAGUUCUUAGAUGGUUGGGUAAUCUUUGCGGAGUAUGCGAGACCCAGAUUGCCGCCGCCGCCGCAGACCAACGGACCUUCUCCAUCGGGCUUUCCAUAACUCGAAUUAUUAUUUUCAGAGAUGUUGAACUGUACUGAUAUGAACGACUUAUGGGUUUGUGUUCUCUAUUUUGUCUUAAGAGAACUCUAUGAUUUGAAGAAUAGCCAUGAAAGAGAAUUCUCUUUCACACUCAGUGAAAACGGUUUCAUUAGUCAACGGAUGGGUAGGAAGGAGUUUUA